AUAGUAGCCACUCUAAGCCAAGGAAUCAGAAAUCACCACCACCUACCGCGUACAACUACCUCAGGCUUUCUCUGCCUACAUCUUUCAUAGGGUAGCAAUCCUUCCUCCAUGUUUCCCCCGUUGAUCGCCGGCGCGGAGGAGGCAACCGUGUAGGGAUCUCCUAUUUUAAGCUCUUUGAUCCUGUUGUUCUUCGGUAAUACGCAGUGCUAUGGAGCGGAGCAAAUAUUGGAUGUGGAGUAGAGAUUUGAGCGAGAAACCCUCGAUUGGUUCUCAGAUCCGUGAAGCGGUCCCUGCGGCCACCUCCUCGUAUGUCCAUCAUGCGACGUGGGAAGAAAGAGCCUUCGCCGAGGACUCCGCAGGCCACAUAGGGGGUUACAUAUGGCCGCCGAGGUCUUAUUCUUGCAGCUUUUGCAGACGAGAAUUCCGAUCCGCGCAAGCGCUGGGCGGCCACAUGAACGUGCACCGGCGAGACCGAGCAAGGCUUAAACAAUCUUUGAGCCCGACCGGCGAUGAUAGCGAUCAUGACCGCCCCCAUCAUUCCUCCCAAAGACCAUAUAUGCCCUCAGCAUCUCCUCUCAGUCCUAGGGUUUCAGCGGCAUCCACCCCAGAAGUGAGUACAUAUGCCUUGCUUUCUCCUUCCUAUUCUUCCUCGAUCGUUCAGGAGAACGAACAGGACUCCUGCUUGGAUCCGGAUUUGAAGCUCGGCAGUGAGACUUUGAACCUAAGAGAUCCAAGUAAAGAUGACGAGGAACACCUGACCGUCAAGAAAAGACGAACCGACCUGAAGUGCUCCUCUAUCUCCAUGAGAAGCUCUAUGGCCGUCCAGCAAAAACUGCCUUGCCCUGUCGAAGAAUUAGAUCUUGAGCUUAGGCUGGGACAGAAACGCAAACCGGUUAUGGUCGAAUGAUGUAAUUGUAUUUUGAUCCUUGUUGUUGCAACUCUGCAUCUACUCUUUUAUUCUUUGUCUCAUCGUGACCUUUCUCGUUUGUUGAUGUCUUUCGUUUCAUACUUUGGUCGAAAGCUUUUGCAAUUUUGAUCCGACA